CAGAAGAAAAGGAUGGAGCACUGUCGGUAGUGAAAGCAAAGCUACAGUGACAUUCAGCUAGCCAUCUAGCGGUGUACUGUUAGGAAGAUGUACAUGCGUCUAUAUUUCAAAAUGCAGUUAUGCGCUUAGAUUCGAUCAGAUUAUAUUAUUGUAAUACGUGGUUGGGCUUAAGGACAUGAUGUUUGAUAUUUUAAAGAGCUAGUUAGUAGUUUAAAGACUUUGAGGAAAGAACAUGGACAAGAUCCUGGAGGCCGUGAUGAUGUCGCCUCAUUCUAAGGUAGUGAAGCAGGGGAUGGUGAGGCGGGUGGUAGAGUCAGCCGCGCAGCCGCUGGACAGCUCGCAGUGCCGGGCCAUGUUCCACGUGUCCACCAGGCUCUUCCUGCUCGGCGAGUCGCAGUUCAAGCGCGACGCUGGACGCGAGGUCCUGGAGGCCUUCGCGCGGCACCACCAGCGGGAGUUUGAGGAGUUUUUCGAAGUGCGCUUCGUCCUGGGGCUCCUCCGUAAUGGCUACCCACCGCUGGGGAGGCGGAGCCCGCAGAUCUUUCUCUACCUGGAGACGGGGCUGCGCUGCCUGGCCGACACGCCCUCGGCGCCAGACCUUUUCCACCUGCUGCAGAUCGAGGUCUUGCGCAUCGUGUGCGAGCGUCCGGGACCCGAGCUGUGCGAGCAGCUUGCCCGCCUGCUGAGCCGCUGCCCGCGCUGUGUGCCCAGCGGCAACCUGCAGACCGUAUUCUGCCAGCAGCUCAUCCAGACCAUCCGCCUCUUCCAGUGCCAGAGCCAACAGGACGAUGACAUCGUCACCUUCCUGGAGCGCGUCACCAAGACCAGUGGCAUGCUGCAGACCGUCUGGAGGGCCAACGUAGCCACCAUCUUCCCCUCCCUCAAGGAGCUCUUCAUUGUCAUCUCCACGCCCGGAGAAGGGGGCAGUGUACCAUCCAAUGCCCUGGCCAGCGUGGUGCAGUAUGUGCCGCUGGAGCUGAUGGAGGGAGCUGUGCGCAAUCUCACCAAUGACAAGAACAUCUCUGAUCCACAGAUGCUGACUGCUAUCUGCAGAAUGAUUGACUGGUUGUCUUGGCCGUUCACCAAGAACACAGACAAGUGGGUGAUUGCCCUGAUGAAGGGGGUGGCAGUGGUGAAGAAGUGUGUGAUCCUGAUUGAAGUGACUCUUGCUAAGAUUGAGGAGGUUUUUGCAAAGUUGUUCUACCCAAUUGUGCGUGAGGGGGCGCUCUCCGUGCUGUCCUACCUGCUGCUCAGUUUCCAACAGUCUCCUGAAGCAUUCCACCUGCUCAUCCCCCAGAUCCCGCCUCUGGUCUCCUGUCUGUUGGCCGAGGGUUCGGACUCCGCACAGCAGUGCCUGCAGCAGCUGGUGGAGCUCAUUCACUGCCUCCUCUUCCGAUUCACUGGGUUCCCUGAUCUCUACCAGCCCGUCUUGGAGGUCAUCAAGGACUUCCCAUGUCCCAGUGAAGAACGGGUGAAGCAGGUGCUGAGCCAGGGGGCAUGGACCGCCCAGCGGGCUGACCAGGUGUCCCUCUGUCACCGGCUGGCCCCAAAAUCCGAGACGGGGAAAACUGGGCUGGUCAACCUGGGGAACACCUGCUACAUGAACAGUGUCAUUCAGGCCCUGUUCAUGGCCUCAGACUUUAGACUCGCAGUGAUGGCUUUGAAAAACUGUGACCUUCUGCCCCUCAUGGGAAGACUGCAGAGGCUGUUUGCAUUUCUUGAACAUAGCCAGCGCCCAGCUAUUUCUCCAGACAGCUUCUUGGCAGCAUCUAACCCUGCUUGGUUCAAUCCUGGCAGCCAGCAGGACUGUUCUGAGUACCUAAAAUACCUGCUCGACAGACUCCACGAAGAGGAGAAGAAGAGCAGUCAGAAAGCCCGCGGCCAGUCAGAGAGCCAGGCCAGCGACACACUGAUCAAGCGCAUGUUUGGCGGUAAGAUGGUGACGCGGAUUCGCUGCCUGCGAUGCCAGAAUGUCUCGCAGAAGGAAGAGGCGUUUAGCGACCUGUCUCUGGCCUUCCCCCCGCCCAACCACCGCCGGGACGCCAGCUUCAUCCUCAGCCCCUCCCCAGCGGUGGUGGAGGGGGUGGGGCCUGUCACCUCAAUGACGCCCCACCCCCGAGGCACAGGCCCCUCCCCCCCAGAGAGGCAGCAGGAACGCAAGGCGAGGAUCAUCCACGUGGAAACGGUGGGCUCCCUGGAAAGGGUCGAGCCCCCCCACGGUGCGAAUGAGGGGUUAGCUGGCGCCGCACCCUCGGCCCGGGCCUCGUCCCGUGCCCCGCCGCAGAGCCCCGAUUUGUCGGCUUCGCUCUCCGUCCCCGACCUCAUCAACUUCUUCCUGACUCCCGAGAUGCUCACGGGCGACAACAAGUACCGGUGCCAGCGCUGCUCGUCGCUGCAGAACGCCGAGAAGGUGGUGGAGGUGACGGAGGGGCCACACUACCUCAUCCUGACCCUGCUGCGCUUCUCCUUCAGCAUGGCCACCAUGCGCCGGAGGAAGAUCCUGGACAACGUCUCCAUCCCGCUGGUCCUGAAGAUCCCCGUCCGCCUGCCUUCCAGGGGACCGGAAUCGGUGGGGGCCAGGGAGGUGGGGUCAGGGCUGGGGGCAGGGCCCGGAGUGGCGGCAGAGCCAGAGGGCAGCGCCUACGUCUCUUUGACCUACGACCUCGCCAGCGUGGUCGUGCAUUCAGGCCUGUCCUCGGAGAGCGGGCACUAUUACUGCUACGCCCGGGAGUGUGACGGAGAGAAGCCUUCAGCAGGGGGCGCUGGGGAGUCGGGCUCGGAUGACCCCGCCUGGGCCACGCCCACCCAGCCCGGCGGGGGAGCGGAAGGAACGCAGUGGUACCUGUUCAACGACACACGCGUCUCCUACUCCAGCUUCGAGGCCGUCAGCAACGUGACCGCCCACUUCCCCAAGGACACGGCGUACGUGAUGCUGUACCAGCUCCGCCCCACGCAUCGGGUGGAGCCGGGCGACUGCUGCAUCAUGGCAACGGAGGGGCUGCGCAGUACGGAGCCUCUGGACAGGGAGCUGGUGGAGGCCAUCGCUAAAGAUAACACUCUGCACUUGCAGGAGCAGGAAAGGGGAGUGAGACACAGGGCAGCCCUCUCCCCCUCCGCAGCGGAGCCCCCGGUGUGGCUGAAAGACCCACGGAGGAGGGAACGGCGGCCGACUCCCGAAUCCGGGACUGACGAGGACAAAAUGACGGGGUGCUGGGAGCAGGUUGGGGUGCCAGCCGUGUGAGGCCUUCUUCAGACUGAAGCAGCCAGGACUUGGGGAAUCAUGGGUGAGGCCUUCCAAGGGCUCAGAGUGCCUUUCCAUUAGACCAAUGUGUCAGGCAGUGGCUGUAUUAUAGCAAACAGUUGUGCCUAGCUUACUACUGCUUUUACACAUUAACUCACCAUACUGUAUAUUUACGGAAGUACUGUUAAGACUAUUUAUAAGAAAAAACACACAUGCUAGUUACAAGGCUUGAGGCACUGUAAUUUAUUAUAGACAGAAGCAAUCACCUGUACAUUGCGGUAAUUGCAGGUUAAAAUUAAACUGUAAAUAAAACUAUUGCUUCAGA